AUGUCCUCUCUUCCAGCUACUCAGAAGGGCGUUCUAGUCUCCAAAAUAGGAGGUCCUGAGGUUCUUGAAUAUAAGACAGACUUGCCUGUCCCUUCUCCCAAAGAAGGAGAAGUCCUUGUCAAGAACAAUCUCACUGCAAUCAAUCUCAUCGACACGUAUUUCAGAAAGGGUGUGUAUGACUCCGCUAAACCUGAGAUCUUGGGAAAAGAAGGCGCCGGUACGGUCGUGGCUUUAGGCCCAGGUGCGAAUCCUUACAACUUCGCUGUUGGUGACCGUGUAGCGUGGAUUGGAAGCGGAGGAUACGCAGAGUACAGCACUCCGCCAACAACCAGAGUAGCGAAGAUUCCAAACGGGGUAUCUGACGAGAAGGUAUUGGCGGUACUCUUGACCGGUGCCACAUGCCUUUCUUUCAUCAGGGAAGCAUACGAGGUCAAGAAAGGUGAUUGGAUUCUUCUUCAUGCCGCUGCUGGCGGAGCGGGCAUCAUCAUGACCCAGCUACUGAAGUUAGCCGGUGCAAAGGUUAUCGGUACCGCAGGAGGGCCUGAGAAGGUUGAAAUCGUCAAGGGUCUGGGCGCCGAUGUGGUAAUUGACUACAAAAGCCCUGAGGGGGCAAACUGGCUGGAGAAGGUGAAAGAGGUAACUGGUGGCGAGGGCGUGGAUGCAGUUUACGACUCAGUGGGCAAGGAUACAUGGGAGGAUAGUCUCAAGGCUGUCAAGAGGAAAGGAUCUGUAGUUUUCUUUGGAAACUCCAGUGGUGUUGUGCCGCCGUUCCCAAUCUCGGUGCUUGCCGCAAAAAACAUUAAAAUAUGCCGUCCGACGCUCUUCAAUUACAUCUAUACCCGUGAAGAGUUUGAUCUCUACAUAACGGAGCUCUUUCAGCUGCUCGAGACGGAUAAAUUGAAAACUAGCAUCUAUAAGAUAUAUCCACUUGAAGAUAUCCAACAGGCACAUAAGGAUAUCGAAGGAAGGAAGACAACUGGCAAGUUGUUGCUAAAGCCUUGA